UGUAACCAAUUUAAUUCGCUAUAAUGUUGCUAAAAGCUCUACCACUCCUUCUAGGGUUAUUCCUGCUCGUACUUUCCGAUCCCGAUCCCGAACCUGCAGUUUAUGACGAUGCAGAAGAGGAGAUGGUUAAGUGCAACAAUAGGACACUUGGUGGUACACCCGUGGAUAUAAACACAGCGCCAUGGACGGCAUCAAUUUCGAUCACGGAAAAAGCCAAGUGCGCUGGUAUUGUCUACAAUUGGAACCACGUACUAACGGCUGCCAAAUGUGUGGAUGGUUUUAUGAACAAGGCGAUAAAGGUGCGCCUGGGCAGCACUGAUCGCAGCACUGGAGUUACCGAAGUCGCCGUUUGCAAGAUCAUCGUUCAUGAGAAGUUUACCACCCACACCAUUCACAAUAACUUGGCCAUGUUGAAGUUGUGCAGCCCGAUCAAGCCCUCUAAAACGAUCAAGAAUAUCCAGGUGAUAAACAAGUUACCAGCAGAUGGCACAAAGACAGUAUCCCAUGGCUGGGCAUCCUUCCGAUGGUGGGCAAUGUUUUGGACCAAGUGCGUCGAUGAAUUGGCUCACAAGAUGCUGAAGGCGGAAGUGAAGUUUUACAAUCACAAUAAGUGUCUGGGCUUGUGGCCGCAAACGAGUUUUGCCAGAGAUACCAAUCCCAACGCAAAAAUCACAGAAGACUUGUUCUGCACCAAUAAGGUCGGUAAUGAAUCCUGCUCCUUCGACAUGGGAGCUCCCCUGACCCUCGAUGGCAAACUGCUCGGCAUCCUGACCAGGGGCGGCUGCUCCCAGCGACCUGAAAUCUACACCAAUCUCAUCAAGUUCAAGGCUUGGCUGGAUAAAAAUUCAAAGUAACAACGCCUUAAGUGAGGGUAAAAUAUUAUAAUAAAUACAUGUUAAUUGGUAACGUUUCUUUCAAUCAGCACAUAUUUUAAUAAAUAUAUAUCCUUGUCAUUAGCUUCAUGUAAAGCUACAGGUAA